CAUAACAGACAGGUUCAUCACAGCUUCAGUUCCCUCUCCAGAAUCAACGAAAGGAAGUGGGUGGCACCUCUUGCAAGUCUGAACCAUGAGCACCAAAAUCCUCCUGAUUGUAACUCUUGCUGUCUCUGUGGCUCUUUCACAAGAUCUUGGAGCUGGAAGUUCGCGGUGUCUGUGUCAUCGUGUCCGGGACAAGAUGGUGGGUCACCCCAAAUCCAUCAAGAAUUUGGAAAUCUACCCUCCGUCCAGCUCCUGUGAACACACGGAGAUCAUUGUCAACCUGAGAAAUGGGGUAAAGUACUGUCUGGAUCCCAAUGCAAAGAAGAUCAAAGAGUUUAUCAUGAACUUCCAAAUAAAGAAGGCAAGCCCAGCCGGAAAGUAAUGGAUACUAUUAGGUGUUCACAAGCUCCGCACUGUGACAGAGAAUUCUCCACAGAACUGUCUCUUUAACUGUUGAUCCAGUCCCAUCAUACCAAUUGGAAAUGUGCAAAUAGUUACUGCGCUAUGUUCUUUAGAAGAAUGAUCAUACUUUCUCUGCUAUGCACAUUGCAAGCUGUUUCUUUGUGUCAUAAAAGCUCUGUUUGAAGUAUUUUUUCAAUUUAAUGUUGUUAAUUUUGCACUUUAUAGAUUUAUAGAUCUAUAGCUAAAAAUAUAUUUAUAUGUAUAGAUUGGUCUACGUACUGUAUAUAACUUGAUUCACAGUACGUCAUAGAAUUUAUGAUAGAAUUUAUGAUAUUUCAUUUUAUAUUUUGUUAUUAUUUAUUAGCUACAAAUUGAGGAUAUGUACAACAGAGUUUAUUUAAUUGUUAAAAAUAAAGCUUCUGUUUUAAAAAAAUAA